UCUGCUAAAAUUGUAAAACCUACAGCCUUAAACCCUAGGGAAAAAAACGAAGGUUUUUACUGUUCUCAACAACAAUGGAGGAAACCAACAUGGAUGAUUGUGAACAGAACCGUGAAUCCGAGGUUGCUCCAGCUUUAAUUGCAGUUCACCCAACUCAUCAAUCCGUUGCUGUCGCCGUCGGUUCAAAUCUCCGUGUCUUUAAUCUUCAAGAAGGUUGUUCGGUUUCAUUGGUGGAUGAUUCAGGGGUGCACAUGCAUAAGGAUUCAAUAAGAGCAAUUCGGUAUGGUGCUGAAGGCAAGCUCUUUGUAUCUGCUGGAGAUGACAAACUUGUUAAGAUUUGGUUGACUGAUUCUUGGCGCUGUAUAAGUUCGGUGUCAUCCGAGAAGAGAGUUAGUGCUGUUGCCGUUAGUAAUGAUGGUCGUUUUGUAUCUUUCGCGGAUAAAUUUGGUGUAAUAUAUGCAGUUGAAAUAGAAGCUUUUCAUGAAAAUCAAAGCUUGCCCAAUAAGAAGGCAGUCCCAAUUCUUGCCCACUACUGCAGCAUCAUUACUAGCCUGGAGUUUUCACCUGACGGACGUUACAUUAUUAGUGCAGAUCGGGACUUCAAAAUCCGAGUCUCUGUGUUCCCGGAAAAGCCAUCAGAUGGAGCUCAUGAGAUUCAGAGCUUUUGUCUUGGCCAUACCGAGUUCGUUUCCUGUGCCUUCAUUUGCAGCAAGGAUUCCCAGCAGCGGUAUUUACUUUCUGGAGGUGGUGAUUCAACUGUACGCCUAUGGGACUUCACUUGUGGUUCUCUUCUUGAUACCUGUCAUAUUGGGCCGGAGACAGGACUCUCACAGUCAAAAGGAGUAGAUGACAGCUUGCUGGCUGUCACCGAUCUCUGUGCCACUCGUGGUGGAUCAUUAAUUGCAGUGGCCAUUCAGAGCAGCUUGGCAGGAGUGGUGCUUUUGAGUUGCAACCUUUCAGCUAGAUCUCUCCGUUUUGCAAGGGUGGUACCAAUUCCUGGGGAGACUUUUAUUCCCACAAGCAUAGCAGCUGCCUACUCGUCGAAUCAAUUAUGGAUGGUCAUGGGUGCUUCGACUCUAUGUGCUUCCGAUUCAGCACCUUUGGCUCGUGUGAAGGUUGUCGAUGGUUUCUGUGAUAGCAACCAGGACUCUGUUGAGCACGAGAUGCUUGUCUUAGAAGAUAAAGAUAUACGAGGUGGUGAACAACUCCUUCAAACGUUGCAGGGCAGUUCGUCGAUUGAGAAAGAUGCAUUAGCGACAGCUGCAGAAGCAGUGAAAACUGCAAUGUGUAAUCUAUUAAUCAAGAAGCAGUACCCUUCAGAAAAUCGAGAGUUUAGAAAGAGAGGGAGGAACGACAAGAAAGUAAAUAAGAAAAAAUGAUCUUGGUAGGCAAAGUUAUCUGAUAUCUGUGCUGGUGGGAGGUUAUCGGAGUAUUUCUAGGUCUCCGAAUUACCCGGUAGUUGAAUUUGCUACCAACAGUGAGCAAAGUGGCCUUCCAGCUAAAGCUCAUAGACAGUUCUAAUGCUGCAAGAAAUGGAAUUUUGCCUUGUUGUGAUGUAGUUUUUCUACUUUAUUCACAAUUUGUUAUAAUGAUGUUGCCACCAUUGAACAAUGGUGGCUACUAUUAUUAACAAAUUAUUCACCCUCUUUGUAACUUGUUUCUAUUGCAUACGUUUGCAUUAGUUCUGGUAUAUUACUGUAGUUAAUUGUGGUGCUUUUGACAUUCCUAUAAUUGAAAAGCCUUCUUCUGUCUUGUUCAGA